AUGUCCAUAAGUGCCUCGAUCUCCGCUGCAUCGCGGCAGGCGAGGGUGGCCAUCAUCGGCGCAGGUCCCUCGGGCCUCGCAAUGGCGUCCGAGCUCCUUCACCUCGCCCCCGGCUUGACUCCCGUCCUAUUCGAACGACGGCCAAAGGUCGGCGGCGUCUGGACCUACGAUCCCUCGCCAGGCACCUGCGACUUUCGCUUCGACCGCCGCGGGAGGGCGCACCCCGUCUGGGCAGGGAGGGGCAAGGACGGCGACGCGGACGGCACAUUCUGUCCUCCGGGGCCGAUGUACGACGGCCUGCGCACCAAUCUGCCCUGCGACUUGAUGGCCUACCGCGACGCUCCCUUUGAUCCGAGCACCCCGCUCUUUCCACAGCGAAGAGAGGUCGAGGAGUACAUCGACCGCUUCGCAGAGGCCAAGCGCCUCUUGCCUCUCAUCCGUUUCGAGACGGCAGUCACAUCGGUCCAGAGAGUCAAGCACCAGGCCGGCCAGCCUUGGGGUCGAGGCAGCGUCUGGCGAGUCCGGAGCCGGCCCAUUCACGGUGGCGACCUGGUGACGGAGGAGUUUGACUACAUUGUCUCGGCCUCGGGCCGCUGCAACAUGCCCUCGGUGCCCUAUAUCGACGGUCUUUGGCACUUCCGCGGCCAGCUACUCCACAGCGCCUGGUACCGCCAGCCACACGCCUUCCGCGGCAAGAAGGUGCUGGUCAUCGGCAACUCUUCCAGCGGCAGCGACAUUGCGCGCGAGCUCGUGGGCCACGUCGUGCGCAGCUUUGAUGGGUCGCAGCAGUGGAUCGAGCAGGCCAACGCACAGCCGCCGCAGACGGGUGUCACGGUUCUGCAGUCUUAUGAGGAUGUGCAGAAGCCGCCGCCGCUCGACUUCGAUCCGCGCGACCAGGACAGCCCCGCCUGGGCCAAGAGGAUCAGAGUCGUGCCGAAGAUCCAGCGCGUCGAGCCUGCAGAGGACGGCAAGGACAACGGCAGGAUCGUGCUUGAGGACGGGCAGGUGCUUGACGACGUCGACGCCAUCGUGUUUGGCACCGGGUACGCCUACGACCUGCCCUACCUCUCGCAGGAGCAGGAGCCGUUCGCUUCCGCCCCUCUUAUCCCGCCGCCGCCGCCAGCCUCGACACCAGCCCCGGCAUCUCUGCAGACCUACCUGUCCGAGCACCAGAGCGGCAAGGCCUACGAUCCGCCCUUCCGCACCGCGCCCUUCCUGACCAACCUGGACGACUGGUCCCUGUUCUAUCAAGCCGACCCGUCGUUCGCGCUGCUUGGCGCGCCGAUCCGCAUCGUGCCUCUGCCCUUCACCAACGCCCAGUCCCGCAUCGUGGCGGCGUUCUGGGCAGGCUUGCUCGCCCACCGAUUCCAGUACGGUCUGCCCAGGUUGAACCCGGAUAUCCCGACGACCGAACCGGACCACUGGCGGCGGUGGCUCGACGAUACGGUCCCGCCAUACACUGAGCAGAAGGAGGAAUGCGGGGGGAGGAAGAACAAGACGUCCGAUCUGGGGUACCCGGGCGACACGGCGUACCAGGACGGUCUAUCCGAUCUUCUCCCUGCCGAGCUGAGAACGAGGGGACAGGACGAGGACCGAGCAGUCGAGGCGUUCAGUGGCGUCGACGGCCCGGUGGAAGCAGCGAGGGCCGAAGACGAGAUGGUCCCGACCCAGGCCACGGAUGAAGGGUGGCGAAAAGUGGCCACGUUCCGCAACCAACGCAGGCAGACGACCAAGCGGCUGAGGCGGCAGCUGCUCGGAUACUGA